ACCUCUAACACACACACACACACACACUCUUAUAUCUCAACUUCCAUUAUUUCCAUGGCUACCAACAUAGCAGAAAGAGUGCAAUAUCCAUUAGACUCUUCCUCCUAUAAAAUCGUCGACGAGAUUGGCGCCGGUAACAGCGCCGUCGUCUACAAAGCAAUCUGCAUCCCUAUAAACUCCACACCAGUAGCUAUCAAAUCCAUAGACUUGGAUCGUUCGCGCCCCGACCUUGACGAUGUUAGACGUGAAGCAAAGACAUUAUCACUUCUUUCCCACCCCAACAUCCUCAAAGCUCACUGUUCUUUCACCGUUGACAACCGUCUUUGGGUGGUUAUGCCAUUCAUGGCUGGAGGUUCAUUACAAUCCAUUAUCUCUCACUCUUUCCAAAACGGCUUAACAGAACAAUCCAUAGCUGUUAUUCUCAAAGACACUCUCAAUGCUCUUUCUUACCUUCAUGGACAAGGACAUCUUCAUAGAGAUAUCAAAUCUGGUAACAUCCUUGUUGACUCAAAUGGAUUAGUGAAACUUGCAGAUUUUGGUGUUUCUGCUUCCAUUUAUGAAUCAAACAACUCUGUAGGAGCAUGUUCUUCUUAUUCAUCUUCGUCUUCGAAUUCUUCUUCUUCUCAUAUAUUUACUGAUUUUGCUGGAACACCUUAUUGGAUGGCUCCUGAGGUUAUUCACUCUCAUAAUGGUUACAGUUUCAAAGCUGAUAUCUGGUCUUUUGGGAUAACAGCUUUGGAGUUAGCACAUGGAAGACCACCACUUUCUCAUCUUCCUCCUUCUAAGUCAUUGAUGCUAAACAUUACAAAGAGGUUUAAGUUUUCUGAUUUUGAUAAACAUAGUUACAAGGGUCAUGGUGGUAGUAACAAAUUCUCUAAGGCUUUUAAGGAUAUGGUUGCUUUAUGUUUGAAUCAAGAUCCUACAAAAAGACCCUCUGCUGAGAAGUUACUUAAGCAUUCAUUCUUUAAAAACUGCAAGGGAUCAGAUGUUUUGGUGAAGAAUGUGUUGAAUGGAUUGCCUAGUGUUGAGAAAAGGUAUAAAGAGAUCAAAGCUAUAAUGGAUCCAGAUUCAAAGUGCAAGGAUGAUGGAGACGACGAUGAUGACGAGUCAGUGAAAAAUGUGAAACAGAGAAGAAUCAGUGGCUGGAAUUUCAAUGAAGAUGGAUUGGAACUUGUGCCUGUAUUCCCAAAGGAUCAAAGCAAAGAUGAUGAAGUUGUGAAACAAGUUCGGUUCGAAGAAGAAAAAGUGAUCCAAGAGGAUGCUGUUGUUACAGCAUCAGGAACUGUGAUGGAGCCAAAGACCAAUACUUCUGAUGUGGUUGAUCAUGAAAAUGUCGGUGGUGUUGUUAAGAACCGUGAAGCUACGUUGGCAACGUUGAAUGUGUUGAAAGAGAGCUUGGAACAAGAGUUGGGACAAGUUAAGUUUCUAAUGAAUCUAAUUGGUGGAGAGGAGAUUCAUGUGGCUGAAAGUGAUGAGAAAAUGGUGCAAGAGAUCUCUAAGUUGAGGACAGAAUUGGAAAAUGAGAAGAAGAAGAACUUGCAGCUGGAGAUGCAGCUGGAGAAUAUCAAGCUUCACCUAAUUUCCUCUGCUGCUAAUAGUCCUACUAGUUAAUUAACUUGAUAAUAUGUGUUUCUACAUAAUAUCUCUGAUAUGUUGUAUUUCUUAAAUUUAGAUACUCUACCGGAGAUGUGCAACAAUCAUAGAGAAUUUAAGCUCCUGUUACGGAAUUUGGAUUCUCUAUAACUGUUGCACAGUGCAACGGAUUAUAAGAUAGUUGGAUCUAAAUUUUAAUAAAUUUAGAUGAAACGGCCCUAUAGAGACCGUCACAUCAAUUUUAAUAAAUUUAGAUCCAACGGUCCUACAGAGACCGUUGCAUCUGUAGCAAGCGUUCAAUAUGAACUUCUCAAAUACUAGAUGGCAGGGGAUAGUUUUAUUUUAACAGAGAAAUGAAAAAUCGGAAAUAAACGUUGUUGAA